UCUCUCUGUCCCACACUGGCACUCAACCACCCAGAUACCCCGUCUCACCCUCAGCCUCCUCACCCCCUCCUCCCAAUCUGUGAUAAACUAAGUGAUAGCAGCAGCCCGUCGGACUGUCGGCUAUAAAACACAACAAAUCAUAAAGUGCAGGCAGGGGAAGGCAGAGGUAGGAGGACGGGAGGGAGAACCGUUAGCUGUUAGCCGUUAGCCUCCUUCUACUCCUCCUUCUUCAUCGCGUUGUUGUUGUGUUUGUUUCGUGCCCUCCUGUCCUCCCCUCUCCUCUUCUUCUCCUCUCUUCUCUUCUCCCCCUUUUUCUCGUCUCAUACUUUCUCCCGAUGAGUUCCUAUUUUGUCAACUCCUCUUUCCCGGUGACGCUACCGGGGACGGGUGGAGGCGGCCAGGCGGCGGAGUCAUUCCUGGGUCAGAUCCCGCUCUACUCGUCGGGAUACGCCGCCGACCACUCGCUCAGGCACUACCCGGGGGCAGCGACCGUUACCGCUGCCGCGGCCGUGGCUUACGGUGCGAGCGGCGGCGGCGUGCACCAGGAGAAACCGUAUCCGGCAUCCACCUACUACCAACAGGCGGCCAACGGAGCGUACGGCGGGCACAGAGCAGCGGCAGCAGCGGCGGGGGUCGGUGUAGGGGGUGCGACCGGAGCCUGCGACUAUGCUACAGCGGCGGCGGCAGCGGCUGCGGCCGCUGCCGCUGCUACGAGUUUCUACCGGGACAAGGAGCACCCGUGCAGCCUGGAGGAACACCAGCUCGCGCUGAGCCAGGACGGCAUGCACCGUAAAGCGGAGUGCGCGGGUCUGAGUGGGAAGGGGCUGUUCGGUGAAACGAUGGACGACAAGCACGCGGCGUCAGCGCCAAUUUAUCCGUGGAUGCAGCGGAUGAACUCGUGUAACGGAACCUUCGGCAGCCCCGGGAGGCGCGGCCGACAGACAUACACCCGCUACCAGACUCUCGAGCUGGAGAAGGAGUUCCACUUCAACCGGUACCUCACGCGGCGGCGGCGGAUCGAGAUCGCGCACGCGCUCUGCCUGACAGAGCGGCAGAUCAAGAUCUGGUUCCAGAACCGGAGGAUGAAGUGGAAGAAGGACAACAAACUGAAAAACAUGAGCCUCACCGCCGCCGGCAGCGCCUUCCAACCCUGAAGAAAAUUAACCCUUCAAAAUAAAAAGAAAAAAAAAGAAAGAUCCAUCUCUUUGAAAAGGUUACUACCGUGCACAGACUUCCCGGUAGGGAAAUAAGAGACAAAAAAAAUGAAGAAAAACACAGAAAACAACAGAAGCCAGUGAAGAAGAGAGUGGAAUAAAAGAAGAAGACGUGAUGAAGAAAUAUGUCUAUCACACAGAUUCCAGAUCUAGAUUUCAAAAACACUUCCUUUCAUCUACCGAGUACUGUUCAACAAGCGCAGCACUUUUUAUUUGUUGGUCUUUGGUGUUUAAGGGCAAUGUAAAAAAAAAAAAAAUGACUGUGGUACUUUGCUCUUCUAAAAAAAAGAAACUUAGUGUUCCUGUAUGUUCUCGUCGUUUUUAAAUAGCUGUGUGGAGGAAAGGAGUCGAGGAUAAAUAUGCUACCUAACAUUUCUACCUAUACGUCCUACCUUACAACCUUAUGGCUACCUGUUGUUCAAGGUCUGAAUAUUGUUUGUGUGUCAAAGUGCGAUGUUUUGUAAUUGACAAAGUGCUUUCGAGAAAAGUUAGCAUGUGAGCUCUUAUUCUAAGUUAUUUACUGCAAAUUACACGUGUAUAGUCCAUGAGUCCCCCGCUGCCUCCCCUACCUCCCCCUUCCUCCCUCUCUGUCAGUUACCUUUCAUUCAAAUACUGCUACAAUUUUAAAUGAGGAAGCAGGGGAAGGUGCGAGUGUGUGUGUGUAAAAACAAAUCAGGCCUUCCUACAUCUCCGUAUCCAUCCAUAAUGUUGUGUAUAACUCUAUUAUUCAAAAAAUGUAACUGCAUAUUAUUGUUAUUAUUAUUAUUGUAGGCUAAUUAUUGGAUUCAUGUUCCAAAAGGGAUGUAUAUAGAUAUUGGCAUUUCUAAAUGUACCCAGUUCACUGUGUGUAGUUGCAGUGUGAAUGUGUGUCUGUGUGUGUGAAUGUGAGCGUGAGCGUGUGUGCGCGCAUGUAAGGGGAAUGGCUACCGUCCUGUGAGCUUUCUGCCAAUUAGCUUUUUGUAUUUGUUUGUAACU